AUGAUAUUUAUACCAUGGAGAUCUAGCUCUCAUCGCUUGUAUCAGAAGGUUUUAAUAGUACUUUCGAUCUUUUCAACGUGUUGCUUAGGGUUGAUCAUACCGCAUGAAACAGAUCUUUCGGUAGAUCGCUUGUCAUUCAAGGAAUUGGAACACUUGUCUAAUGAUCCUGUUGUUACCCAUACGGUUGAGUUCAAAUUAUCGAAACAAGUGAAGGGGGAGCUGUAUGUCUACGGGAACAGCAUUGAAAUCGGGUCUUUGAAAGUCGGACUUUUUGGAACUGUGGUUCCUAUCACUGCCGAAAACUUUUUGCAAUUAUCAAAUAUGACAUUUGGGUAUGGAUACGAAAAAUCAAUCUUUCAUAGAAUUGUUGAAAAUUUUGUGAUUCAAGGUGGUGAUUUCGAAAGACAAGACGGCACCGGUGGUCAUUCUGUCUUCAACGAUGGGAAAUUUCUUGACGAAAACUUUAAUAUCAAACACAGCAAGAAGGGUAGACUCUCUAUGGCUAAUGCUGGCCCUAACACUAACGGUGCACAAUUUUUCAUCACCACCACCGAGGAUGCAGGGUUUUUGGAUGGGAAACACGUUGUAUUUGGUCAGCUUAUUGACGGAUUCGACACUUUGAGCCUUUUAAAUAAAGUUUCCACCGACUCUAAUGAUAGACCUCAUGAUGAUAUUUAUAUAAGUGACAUUAAAAUCACGGAUUUUGAAAAUGGUGACAAAACUAUAAAUCUUGAAGAUAUUCCCGUUGUUCCAUUGGACGACUCUUCCAUGCUUUCAAAGUACAAGUACUUAUUCUUCUUCUGUAUCUGUGCAAUUGGUUAUCUUACAAAAAAGCAUUAUUAUAGAAGGCAACUUGUCACCGAUAUCAAAGAUAACGACUACUACUGA